GUAUAGCUAUAUAGCUGCUAUGUGUAACAACACAGGUUACCGAUGUCUCAACCUGACUAAAGAGCAAUGUGAUGCUCUCUCGCUGGCUACAGGAGUAUCUGAUAUUGUUACUGCCACUCUCAGCUUAUCUCUUUUGUAAUGGCAAUGCUGCACAUCCCGAGAAGCAAGUAUUGCAAGGAAGUCCUGGACAAAACUCCACUCUUGGCAAACUCUCACAUUCAGUGUACCAAUCCUUCAUCAGUGUGGGAUCAUUGCAACACUCCUAGCUACACCGUUUUCAACCCACCCCCAGAGAUGUCUGAUUGUGUCGACUAAGAUUAGUUAGAAAUUUUGUUGUAUGCACGCACAUUGUGUGAAUAAAUGUAUAUAAUAGUGCACUUCUCAAGGUUCAUUUUAGUUGACUGUGCAUUGUUCAUCAGCAUUUACUGUAGAUCUAACCACACCUAUGAAUCAACAUUUAAAUGACAUUCACGCUACAAUCAA